GUGCUGCCUUGCCAGGCAGCCAACGGUCUGCCUCCUUCAGCCUGCAGAAAAGCCCGCCAAUCCCAAUUCAAGCGCUUCCCCUCAUCAACAGCCAACCAUCAUAAUCGACAAGCGCCCACCAUAACACGUACUUCACCCGUUAGAAUAUUCCCCAACGGCCGCAAACCGGAGACCGGCCUCUCUCCUGAGUCGACUCACCAUGCCAAAAAACACCCUCUACCUGGUCACCUACGACCGCGGCCGGCAUCCUCUCACUGGCCAACCCAAGCCACACCACUGGGCAUACUUCCUCGACACCACUACCAACGACACGACUACUACUACUUCCAUUACUACCAGCCCGCCACCCACCAGCGACACCCCCCAUUCCCCAGCCCGCGAAGCCCCGCGCCAAGAACAACAACAACAGCAACAACCUCGCGGCCUGAUCUUCCAGCUGCGCGGCAUGCCAGGCGGCUUCCACUACCCGGGGCCGGAACGCCUCGACGCCGCGCAGGGCGGCGAGCCGGGGCCGGUGCGCGAGAUGCUGGAGGUCGGGCAGGUGGACGCGGGGGACGUCGCGGCCGUGCACGAGGUGUUGGCGGGCGUGCAGGUCGUGCAGGACGAGGGCGCCGCGUGGAAUUGUCAGGACUGGGCUCUGACUGGGUUGGUCAGGCUGAAGGAGAGGGGGUGGGUUUAUGAGGGGAUUGGAGGGGAAGGUGUGGUGGGGUGGUUGAGGGGUCUUGAGCGGUGAGGAUGGAUCGGCUGAUGGCGGGGGAGGGAAGG